AUGGCAAAUAAAAUAAAAAACGAAUUUGUUGCUUACAGUGAGCCAGCAAUUAGAAAUAACCUAUCGAUUGUUGAAUAUUGUAGAACAUCCGUUGCUGCUGUGUCUGGUUGUACUGCAGGUGUUCUUGGAUUAACUGGACUUUAUGGAGCGCUGUUUUUCGUUAUAGCAGUUACUAGUUUUUGGUUUAUGCUGAUAUUUAAGGCUGGUAUUGAUUCCUGGAAAAAGUAUUUCAUUUCUAGAAAGUCUUUACUUUUGAAUGGGAUUUUUGGACAUUUUUUCACUUACAUUCUGUGCUGGACAUUUAUCUAUGGAAUGGUUCAUGUUUAUUAA